CACGUAUACUUCUCGUGGCUGCAGACGUGUGUGAUGGAGGUCACGGACGAGAGAAUAAGCGACUGUGUGCGGGUGCAACUAGGAGUAUGGAGUAAGGACGAGAGUGGGGUCUGGAGAUUCAAGGAGACGCAGGAGGGGACCGGCAAAAGCAUCCGGUUCAGGGAAGGCGACGGGGUUGAUGCGGCUAAAGCGAAGGUCAUGGAAGCAUGGAACAUAGACCGAACAUCAGAAAAGGUGGAACUGACAUACGAGAUGCCGGAGUGGAUGGAUGUAGACGGUCAAGUUAAACCUGUCCCGAUACACAUAGUCUCCGACGACAACAUGGACAUGUUCCUAGCGAUGCGUGUGGACAUUCACGAGAUGAAGCUCUAUGUUGUUCCAAUGCCCCUGCAUAUGACGUUAGAAAUCGAUGGGUUCGAAGUGGUUCCGAUAAUGGACGAAUUUGCUUUCGCCGAAGUAAUGAGUAAGAAGGAUGUGGAGAAAGAGAUGCAGAGGCGAGCGGGCAAAGCAGCCAUAGACGACAUCAUGUGCACCCAGCUCCCAAGUGAACAUGUCGGCGACAGCGGGGAUGGGUUACUGGGGUGGGUUGGACAUUCAUACGGGUCUAGAGGGUUUGCUACGUUGUCAGCCGCUAUGAGACACUACAGAGAAGCAGCAGCAGCGGCCGGGCGUGAUAGGUCACCGCAGAGUGUACUGGAACCGGAGAGCAGUUCUUCGACCGAGCACGAGACAAGGGUGACUAGGCUAACCGGGGACUUGUUUAGCGAUUUCGAGAGAGCUGCAGAUCCAAGUGGGGAGGAAACAGAGGACGCUGAACCUCUAAACCAGCUCUUCCCAACCAAUGCUGAACCGGCUCCAACCGUUGGCGGAAACACUAGCGCCGACCCCCCGAUGGAAGGAUCUGUAGCGGGAAUGUUACGGCGAGUGUUCAAAAGCAGAGACGACUGCAGAGUUAAGAUAGCGGUUCAUGCAAUAAAUAGGAAGUUCAGCUUCCGAAAUGAUCGCACAACCAACGAUAUAGUCCUGGUCCGGUGCCUCCACGAUGCUUGCCCUUGGCGGGUGUACUGUAUUCGCCUCGAAUCCAGUGAGUACUUUGAGAUUCGUACGGCAGUACUAGACCAUGUAUGCCCAGUUGAAGUUAGAAGCCAAUACCAAAGGCAAGCUACUACGUCCGUGAUAUCGGAGAUACUAAAGUCCAAGUACGGUGGCGGAGGGGUCGGUCCAACACCAAUAGCAAUCAGGAGGGCUUUGUUGGACGAGUAUAGUGUAAACGUUUCGUACUGGAAGGCUUGGCGGGCUAGGGAAUUAGCAAUGGACAUGGCCCAAGGGACAGCGAUGGGGAGUUAUGGUAUCUUACCAACAUACCUUCAUAUGUUGAAACAAGCAAAUGAUGGUUCCGUUACUGAGUUACCGAGAAAACAACAUAUAGACUGCUGUUAGAUUGAAUUACCGAUGCCAAAAACGAUGAAAAUCUGGUGUUAGAUUGAAUUACCGAGAAAACAACAUUAUAUCAAAUUUUAUGUAAAAAAGUAGAAGAUUGUAA